UCUGAUAUUCUGUAAAGUUUCAAUGUAUCCUUGGAAAGUAACAACGGAUUUAUCCUGCCUAUUUGAUAAGCAACAACAGGCUGCGCCAAAGUUUUGAGGAAAAAUGUAUCUAGUGAUAAUCAGCACUGAAAUUUUGGCAUAAAACACUAGAAUUAGCAAAAAAUAAAAAUGCUGUGUCGUUGUCCUUAGUAAAUAUGACAAAGAAAAUUACAAGUUCACUUAUACUAGAUUGAAGUGUGAUUUAUAACAUUUUUUUAUUCCUGUCGCUUUUAUGAAUAAUGUAGAUUAUGUUGCCCUCCACAGCAGCGCGCGGCGUGCUUCACGUCGUUGUGUGAAAGAAGCGGAAGUCGUCAAUUUUGACGGAAGUUGUGAGGAGAAUACCUCGUGAGAUAAACUUGGCUGUUUAAUACGAAGAUCCUCAGCAAUGGUGAAGAUUUUUGUGGGGAACCUUCCUCAAGAAGCUACCGAGGAUGAGAUCAAGGAGCUCUUUGAGGAGUACGGCAUGGUCACUGAAUGCGCCAUCAUCAAGAACUUUGCCUUUGUCCAUAUGGAUGACCGUAAGGCUGCCACCAAAGCCAUCAGGACCCUUCAUCAGCACAAGCUCCACGGCACAGCGAUCAACGUCGAGGCCAGCCACGGGAAGAACCAGGGCCCCGUGAAACUGCAUGUAGCCAAUGUAGAAAAAGGAGCUGAUGACGAACUCCGUGCUCUGUUUGAAGAGUACGGUACGGUCACAGAGUGUGCUGUUGUCAAGAAUUUUGCUUUUGUGCACAUGCCUAACUAUGAUGAGGCCAUGGAUGCUAUGAAAGAACUGGAUAACUCUGAGUUUCAAGACAAACACAUCCACGUUCAGGUUUCUAAGAGUCGACCGAGGUAUGAAGAAUGUGAAGACUACCCACCUCCUCCCCCAGACAGGGGAGGCUACUGGCCUCCACACUAUCCAGGAGAGCGGCCUGAGCCUCCCCCACCGGGCUACCUGAGGGCUCGCCCCAUGCCCCCUGGUUACCCAGGUCCUCCUCUGCCACCCCCUCCCCCCAGGCGGUCAGUUUAUUUAGAGCGACCCUAUGACAGCGAAAGGGAGCGAUACAGCGUAGUAGAUUACUACGAGAAGUACCGAGCUCGUCAGUAUGCCAGAUCUCCCUAUGAAGAGCAUCGUGCUAUACCCCCACCUCCUCCGCCCUCUUCUAUCGUUCGAGACCGCCCUCUGACCUCACCGCUUAAUCCAUAUGAGCGUCGACCCCUCCCUCCACCCCCUCCGCCUACCCCCUCAUCGUACUACGCCCGAGAUCGCAGCCCAAUCAGGAGGGCUCCUAACGCACCGUUGCCCCCUCCGCCCAGUAACGGCUAUGCUUAUGAGCGCUCUCGACUCUCUCCUGUUUCCCGGGCCCCUGCAUAUGGCGUUCCACGCGCAAUGGACCCCUAUGCAGGCAGGCUACCUCCGCCACCUGCACGUUAUGCAUAUUGACAAUUGAAGGUGAGCAUAGAUCAGAGAUCCCGUCGUCUUCACAUCCCGCUUUAAAAUGCAUUACGUACCUCUAAAGUUAGAGGCAGACUUUUGUGUCUGAGUGGUUUGGAUUCUAGUCAGUGCAUUAGCUUGAACAUUCCUAUUAUGAGAUUCAAAUCUAUGACGUAAAGUUUCUGUCGGACAGAUUUUAAGGUUCUGACCUCAGAAGGCAGCAAGAACUGUGAUGAAACUGCGCGCUUUGAUUCUACAUCUGCAGAUAGUUCAUUUUGUAAUUUGCUCUUUUUCAGGAAUUUUGUCCGACUGCGUUGCGGCUCGGCGCCUCCUGAGUCACGCAUCUCUAUCUCUUCAUCGCUGCGGCUUGGCGCGUCGUGUAGGCCUUUGAUGAUUACGAGAAGAGCCACACCGGCGGCGUCGACGUCUCUUUUUGUUUUAACUUGGGAGAAUUCUUUUUUUCUUUUACAUUUUUUUGGGAAUAAUUCUACUAGUAGUAUUUUUAUUGCUUUAUCGUCUGAGUAAACGCAUCGUAUGUUUCAUUUUCUUUACUUUUUUGCAUCGUUUAAAUGAUUUUGAUCUAUGUGAGUCUGACAAACCUAAAUUAUGCCUGCAACAUAAUAACAUCAAAACUUUGGCCCCCGAACAGAAUUGUAGUUGCACGUUUGUUCCGUCAUGUCAGUAAAACACUAAAUUCUCCAACAAUGAUAGUGUAAACCUUUUGUUGCUAUGAAAGCAGAUUUAUGUCGUCAAUUUUUAAAGGAUAAAUGGGGUGGAGGGAGGUUAUUUGCUAAGUUUUUAUCUAAAAAGAAAAAAACUACUUUGAUCACGAUUGAUUUUUAAAAACAACCAAAAGGAUAAAACAUCCUAGGGGUGAAUACGUUUUAUAGGCACUGUCUUACUUGUUGGCGUAAUAAAUAACCUGGUCAAAGUCGGUGUGUUAGAUAAAGAACGUGCCGUCUUUCUUGUGAGAUCCCAAAGUUUACUCUUUCCAUCUGCAGAAUGCCCAACUUACCCCUUCUGUCUAUGCCAAAAUGUUGCUAUUUUCCCCAUUUGAACCGCAAAAAAACAACAAAAGAACGAAGAGGCAGCGAACAUUUAAUAGCAGAGGCUAAUUUAUUUGCAUGCGGGGUCAGGAUUACAUCAAAGGCAGCUGAGCACCCUCAUGAUGAACAGGUAAGACAACUUACCAAUACAGCCUCGUGUUUAGGUUAUGUCAGUUUUGCUAGGUAAAAUCAGUCAUGCAGGUUGAUAUCAGUCCUUGAUUUCAACCUGCAUCAACCUGGUAAUUUGAUACAACAAAUUACCUCUUUAUUUAUAUUUACUCACUGGCAAAACUAGUUGAGCACAAUUUAAGCAUGAAGGUCAUCUUCUAUCGGAACUUGAGAAUACUUGUGUAUAGUUGUGUAUAAAUGAGUUUGUAAGGCCAUAGCACUUGAGUACAGGUGUUAGUAUCACAACCCAAAUGUAAUACACCAGUAGUCUGACCAUGUGAUGACGGUCAAAACGGUGAGUAAAGGUAGAUGGAUUGUUUGACAGGUGUUUGAUUGGGGUUGCAUUUUGGUUUCUCAUAAGAUCGGCUGCCAAUAUUCUGCAGCAUGUACUCCUUACGACUCCUUAAUGGACUUUAAUGAGUCCAUUAAAGUCAAAUGGACUCAUUUGACUUUAAGCAUUCUCUGUCAUUGUAACUUCCAGUAUCAUCUCCCCUUGACCCAUGACUCCCUCAUGUAAGGUGUUGUAAAAGAAUGCAGCUUUGUUUGGAAUUUGAUCAUAUGAAAUCAGUUUUUAUUAAUUGCAUGGCUAUUCCAAAUCAUUUUAUAGCCUACCGAAUUGUUUAUAGAAGCAUUCUUUCUAAAUCCUUCAUUUGGUGCUUUACUGGUUUUGUCAGUCAGUGUUAACAGUCUAGUAAGGAAGUGCUGCAUUUUUAAGACACAGGCAGUAAAAUGAAUACUUUCUGAAAUCUUGGAAGAUCCAAACAUGAGUUGCAGUGAUUAGGAAAUGAGUGUUAAAAAUAUAAAUGAAUUAGUGCAAAAUGUAGAUUUGUUAGGUUAAGCUGUAUACUUUUUAGAUAUUAGAAAUUUGCAUUGUAGUGUAAUGUUUUGGUUUUUACAUAUGUUAAUAAAACUUUCUUUAAAAAAAAUGA